GCGGCAGUGCCGGCGGGUCCUGGGGCAGCGCGAGAUAUCCGCGGCGCUGCGGGGCUAGGCCGGCGAGCCCGGGACGCGCCUGGUCGCAGCUCAGCGUCCGCGGAGCGGAAGGGCAGAGCUGCACUUGCCUGGUCUGAGCGUCUCACGGUCCCGGCCCCGCCGGGCGGACCCGGCUGCCCCAAGAGCGCGACGAGGAGUCGGGCGGGCGGCGGGCGCGCUCCCCGCGGCCCCGGGAUGACUUCUCCGGGCUCCCCUCUGGCGCCUCUCCUGCUUCUUUCUCUGCACGGUGUUGCAGCUUCCCUGGAAGUCUCUGAGAGCCCUGGGAGUAUCCAAGUGGCCCGGGGCCAGACCGCAGUCCUGCCCUGUACUUUUACUACCAGCGCUGCCCUCAUUAACCUCAAUGUCAUUUGGAUGGUCAUUCCUCUCUCCAAUGCUAAUCAACCUGAGCAGGUCAUUCUGUACCAGGGUGGACAGAUGUUCGAUGGUGCCCCCCGGUUCCAUGGUAGGGUAGGAUUUACAGGCACUCUGCCGGCCACCAAUGUCUCUAUCUUCAUUAAUAACACUCAGCUGUCAGAUACAGGCACCUACCAGUGUUUGGUCAACAACCUUCCAGAUAGAGGGGGCAGAAACAUUGGGGUCACCGGUCUCACAGUUUUAGUUCCCCCUUCUGCCCCACACUGCCAAAUCCAAGGAUCCCAGGAUAUCGGCAGCGAUGUCAUCCUGCUCUGUAGCUCAGAGGAAGGCAUCCCUCGGCCAACUUACCUUUGGGAGAAGUUAGACAAUACCCUCAAACUACCUCCAACAGCCACUCAGGACCAGGUCCAGGGGACAGUCACCAUCCGGAACAUCAGUGCUCUGUCUUCAGGCUUGUACCAGUGCGUGGCUUCUAAUGCCAUUGGAACCAGCACCUGCCUUUUGGAUCUCCAGGUUAUUUCACCCCAGCCCAGGAGCAUUGGACUAAUAGCUGGAGCCAUUGGCACUGGUGCAGUUAUUAUCAUUUUUUGCAUUGCACUAAUUUUAGGGGCAUUCUUUUACUGGAGAAGCAAAAACAAAGAGGAGGAGGAAGAAGAAAUUCCUAAUGAAAUAAGAGAGGAUGAUCUUCCACCUAAAUGUUCUUCUUCUGCCAAAGCAUUUCACACCGAGAUAUCCUCCUCAGAGAACAACACAUUGACCUCUUCCAAUACGUACAACAGUCGAUACUGGAGCAACAAUCCAAAAGUUCACAGAAACACCGAGUCAUCCAACCACUUCAGUGACUUGCUCCACUCAGGCAAUGCCAAUAUACCGUCCAUCUAUGCUAAUGGGAACCACCUGGUCCCAGCUCCACAUAAGACUCUAGUAGUGACAGCCAACAGAGGGUCAUCCCCACAGGUUGUGUCCAGGAGCAACGGCUCAGUCAGCAGGAAACCUCGGCCUCAACACACACACUCGUACACCAUCAGCCAAGCAACACUGGAGCGAAUUGGUGCUGUCCCUGUCAUGGUGCCAGCCCAGAGUCGGGCCGGGUCCCUGGUAUAGGACCUGAGUGGAUAAAGUAUUCAGAAAAGAAUCAGUGGAAUGCCCCAAGCAGGGGGAGGGUGGGGUGAACAAGUUCUGGGAAAGAAACACUUUUCCUUGUAAGGAUACUAGUAAAAAGCACAAAAGAAAAGGCAAUGCCGUUACCUGGCCAGUGAGUUUUGUGGAAUGAACUGGGAUUCUCCAUCUUGAAGACUUGUUUCCCCACCACAGAUGUCCUAGGAUUCUGUCCAAAAAACUGGAUCUCAAAGAUGUGCCAAGCCAAGGAAAAAGUUGUAAGAGCAGAAUAGCCCUUAAAACCCAACUGCAGUCCAGAUGGGCUUGUCCUUUAAUUCAUGCCUAACUAAUAAUUUUUCAAGAGACUAAAGUGCCAGCUGAAGUUUAAAUGAUGAAAUUAUUUAAAAAUAUAGUUGUCUUUAGAAAAAAUGAGCAACCCUGAUAUCAUUACCAUUCCCUCUUUAUCUAGAGGGCUUAAUGGCACGAAUAGUUAAUACUGGUCCCUACAGGGCUGGUUCUUGUAUCAUAGAAUAAAAGCUUUUUACACAAAAUUCAGUAAGAAAAGGGGGAAAACAAAAGCAACUUCUCUGAGAAGCCCCUUCAUAUUUAUUUAUUUAUCCCUUCCUGAACCAUGAAUUUCAUAUUUGGAAUAUUGCUGUAUUGACAGAUUGUUGCCUGUCUGUUUUUCUAGGGUCUGUUCCAGGUCCAUGACAAUUACUGUUCAUUAUUUCCUGGAAGAAUAUUUUUUUAAAAGAAAACUAUUUUUUUUAAAAGACAUGAGAAGCAUAGGGCUAGGAAAGAAAAGACUACUGUUUAUAGCACAUUCAGUGAUUAGGUUUGUUGAGAGUAUCGGGAGGCCCCUCACAAGGGACAGCGAGCUGGGCUGUGUCCGAGGGACUUGCGCAUCCCUGGCAGGCUCAGAGCAGGGCUGUCCAGGGUUCCCUGCUUUCACACUAGGUUACUCUUAAUGAGGGCAGCACCUGAUGCCUUUUGCAUCGAGGUAGAUAAUGUUCUCCUUGUUUGACAAGUCGAGGUUAGUAGGUUUUUACAGGGAGGUCAGGAGUUGUUCUGUUGUUGUUGUUUUCAAAAUAAUUAUUUUUGAAAAAGAGAUAAGAUUGAGACAAAAGGGAUGCCUUCAGGUAUGCUCCUGGGAGGGUCUGCCCUAUAUUUGUCACAGCUCAGGGUUGUAGUUUUGCCCAAAUGCGUUUUAUACCACUGUAAAGAGACUCCUUCUGUGAUUAAUUACCUGGCUUGGCUGGCCUUGGAGUUCACCAGAUAAUUUACAGACUCCCCACUGUUUUUCGCUGUGUGGAUCUGGGCAUACUUGUAACGGGGACUAUCUUGCCUUAAUCACACUUUAAGCAACACAGAAAUGAUUUGUUCGAGAAUCGUUCUCUGAAUUAUUUAUGAGGCCGACCUCGUGGUUCCAUAAGAGCAUCAUUUCUUUCCCAAUGUUGUCUCGCACUCCCUCUUUGCACUAUGCCUUUUGCCCUCUUUUCCUGCAGCAUAGUCGUCACAGGGAGUGGCUUCCUGAUUUUCAGACCUACUUGGAGAAAUGGAAGCCAGCAGCUGCUGCACACACUGUUUUCUGGGAGGGCUACACUCAGAACCUAACCAUUGUAGCCAUUUCAAUAUUGAUGAAAUGCUGAAUUUACAUUAGCAUUACUUAUUUUCUCCAUGUGAUGGUUCUUGACUUUGUAAAAAAUUAAAUAAAUGAAUGUCUAUACUUUUUCUAAAGAAGAGUGAAAAUACCAUGACAGAAAAGGUACUAUCAGAUGUUGUUUAGAAAGCAUUUAUCUUGCAUUUCUUUAUUCUUUCUAAUGAUCUAAAAUUCAAUAAAAGUUUAUUCAUAUAAAAACAAGUUGUCAUUAAUUAUCACACAUUAAUGAAUAUAUGAUCUUAUAUGUAGUGUUCUUUACAAGAAUUUUCUAUUCUGUUCAGUAGUGUUCAUAAUAAUUUUAAUGAGCAUACAGUACUCUAGAAAUUACUUUACCUUACUUAUUAGAGAUUUGAGUCCAGUUCUCCCAUGUACGACUGAAAAUGCAAUGCCCCUUUCAUACAUUGCACUAUU